UACUUUUAGUUCUCUCACUUUACAGGUAAAUCGCGCUGCGAUUGUAAACAAUGACGACAAUGAGCGACAGCGAUGACGACCAGCCGCAACUGAGCUCGAGUACCCUUGCCGCGCUACAGGAAUUCCUAAAGGAGAAAGAGGAGCGAGAGAACUUGCUGAAACGUAUAUCCGAGGAAGAUCGGAUACUACCAGAUACUCCCUUCGACGAGGACUGGCAAUUGAGUCAAUUUUGGUACAAUGACGAUACGAUAGAGACUUUUGUCAGAGGUGCCUUAAAUUCCACCCCGGCGAAGGGAAAGAUCGCUCUGGUAUCUUGUCCAACUCUCUACAGCAAAUUGAAGAAAGAAUGCGGUGAACGGCAAGUUACCCUGUUUGAGUAUGACAGCCGUUUCAAGAUAUUUGGCAAGGAUUUUAUACAGUAUGACUACAAGUUUCCUCUGGAUGUUCCCCGGGACAUGUCCAGCCAGUUCGAUUUGGUUAUAGCUGACCCACCGUUCCUCUCGGAGGAGUGUCUAACCAAGACGGCGGUGACGGUGAAGUUUUUGACCAAGAAGAAUAUCGUGCUCUGCACAGGUGCCGUUAUGGCGGAACUGGCGGAGAGGCUGUUGGACGUUAGAAAAUGUGAUUUUAUUCCAGGUCACAAAAACAAUUUAGCUAAUGAAUUUUACUGCUAUUCGAAUUUUGACUUCGACAAAACUCUAAAAGAGUGAACAGUAUUAGAGACGGUAUUGAACAAAGA